AUUAUAUUCUAUUAUUCAAACAUACCUGUCAAAUGUGUCAAGUACACAUACUGAAAAAAAAAAGCAAUAGGGGUUAUAAUUUAACUAGUAUUGUGUUUUAACAUUUUGGAAUAUUUGAAACGUUGCGAACAAUAAUUUUUAUUUCUAUUUAGGUUUUAUAAAUCGUCAUCAUGUUACCUUCGCUCAGGAUACCAAAUAUUUUGCGGAAUGUUUCUGGAUUUCAACAAACCCUACUGAGACACAAUUCUCAAAAAUCUGAAAAAACAAUAAAUCAAGUUACCUUGCUGGGCAGAGUUGGUGCUGAUCCACAAAAGCGAGGUUCGGAGGAACAUCCAGUGAUAAACUUUCCACUUGCCACUCAUUACAGCUACAAAUAUGAAUCUGGCGAUAUACUGCAAAGAACUGACUGGCACAGAAUAAGUAUUUUUAAACCUGGCCUCAGGGAUACAGUAUACAAAUACUUGAAGAAAGGUCAUAGAGUUUAUAUAACUGGUAAAUUGUCUUAUGGAGAAAUUAAAAUGGAUGAUGGACAAGUAAGAUCUGCUUCCACAAUAAUAGCAGAUGAUGUGGUAUUUUUCCAAAAUGCUCCACCAGAAGAAAGUUCAUGAAGAAAAUAUUGUUUCUAACUGUUAUGUUUAAGUACAAUUUAAGAGUAGUUUGAUAGAUGAAUAAAGAAGUUAAUUAAUAUCACUUAA